GAGUUACUGGGGUCUGGUUGUAGCGGCAGGAGAGUUACUGGGGUCUGAUUGUAGCAGCAGGAGAGUUACUGGGGUCUGGUUGUAGCGGCAGGAGAGUUACUGGGGUCUGGUUGUAGCAGUUCUGCGCGUCACUUCAACAGUCUCGGUAACACGGCACCUGUGGUGUUGCUGCGCUACAGGCAGGAGGUGGGGCUGCAUUUCUGAAAUAUUGCCGGACACAAACAGACAGUCCCAUUUACCGGCUGCCGCAAGGCGACGGGAGAAGUUGUUUUUCUCGUCCUUGUCCAGAAGAGAAAAACAGGAGCGCACUGUGAGUCUUCAAGAUCACCGCGAGUGAAGGACAGACCGCACAGCCUCGCAGAUGCGGCUCGGAUUGGUAAAAACCGGACAAACACGCCGAUACCUGGGCUUUACCUACGUGACACAAGCUCAGCACGACGUUCGGGAAACAGUUUUUAAUCUUUCGGCUUCCCCACCCACACGGAACUGUGACGGCCCGAUCCCCUGCGAGUCAAAACACGUGCCACUUCCUGAGCGGCGUGACUCCUGAAGGGCUCGCCUCGCGCUCGUUCCCCGUCGCCCGUGGACGUGGCCCCGCGGGGCUCGAGGCUGAGCCGGAGGGAUGGAGCUCGCGCUGGGACUCGCCGCGCUCGCGCUGAUCCUCGUGGCGCCGGCCGUGGGACGGGAGCUGAGGAGGAACAAUCUCGCCAUCACACUCGUCCGAGAGCUGGCUGACCCUCACCGGACCGGGCCGGAGCCGGAGGCCAGGCCCAGCCUGACCCUCUCGACACUGACGCUGUGCCCGCCCGGACGGGCCCACUGCAGCACCUGUGUCAGGGCCCAGGUGGCGCUGCCCUGCAGGGUUCUGCCCAGAAACAUUGUGCUGGACUUCCUGGAGCUGAGCAGCAACCGCCACUGGGAGGUCAGGGUGCGCGGGAGACGCCGUGCCACUACAGAAACCUGGAAAUGGCAGGAGCAGAGAAGGGCUUGGAAGAUACUGGAGCCCCCAGACCCACAGCUGAAUUCGUCACACACACCCAGAACUUGGCAGCUGUCCUAUGAGUGUUUUGAGGCAGAGGGGGGGCGUGAUGUCCUGGUGUCUGUGUCUAGCAGUGAGCUCCAGGAGCCGGUGAGCGUGGCCUACACGGUGGAGGACAGCGAGAGAGGUACGGCCCAACACACUGUCACUGCAGGGAGCAGCCUGAGAACGUUACAGGAGUGCAGGAGUUCACCAUGUGAUGUUCUAUUCAUUAUAGCAGAUUGCAGUGUCCAAUAUUUUAUUUGAGUUUACUCUGUUGUGGCGUAUGACAGUACAACAGUUUAUUCUACACUACAGCAGUAUGUUGCAGUACAUUGUUGGAUGUAAUUGAAUAUUACAACGUCAGGUAAUUAGAUUCAGUUCCUGUAAAGAAGUAGCAGUGUUCAGUCUGGGACACUAACAGCCCACAC